AUGGCCAUCACGCAGCACGAAUCGUCGAGUAUCGACGCCGGCCAUGCCUCCAAGCCCGACUACAGCAAAGCAGCCGAGGCCAGUGUCGAUGUUGAGUCCACUGGCGAUUCCCAGGAGCUUGCUAAUGGAACUCUUGUGCGACAUGAAGAAGCAAAGUUACACCGCUCCUUCACCUCUCGCCAAAUCCAUGUCGUUUCACUCGGCGGACAGAUCGGAGCUGGGCUCUUCAUAUCAUCAGGCCUCAUGCUACGCAAUGGCGGACCAGGCAGUCUCCUGCUUUCCUUCCUGGUUGUUUGCUCCUGUGUAUGGGCAAUUCUUCAGACGGUCAGCGAGAUGACGAUCUCGUUUCCUGUCUCGGGCAACUACAUUGACUAUGCGGAUCGAUUCGUGGAUCCGGCUUUGAGCUUUUGCGCUGGCUUCAGUAUGUGGCUUGGCUGGACGGCAAUCAUUGCGGCUGAGGCUGUUUUCUUUGCAACGGUGGUCGGCUACUGGGCAGGCGAUACGGUGCAUCCGGCAGUCUGGUACACGAUCUUUCUGGUUCUCAUGAUCGUCAUAUUCUGCGUACCAGUUUCGGUGUUCGCAUGGUUUGAGUACGGCACCGCGUUACUCAAGGUAAUUGCGAUGAUCGUAUUCAUGAUCACGGGCCUCUGUCUUGUGCUCGGCGCUGGCCCGAACGGACAAGUCAAAGACGGCUCUACCUGGCACGACGGACUGGCCUUCAGGAAUGGCUUCCAGGGGUUCGGCAGCUGUGUCUUGCUGGCAGUCUCCGCCAUUGGUGACAACACUUUCACCGGGUUUGUCGCUGGCGAGGCCAAAAAUCCUCGGUAUGCUGUUGCGCACGCUGCCUUCCUCAUUCCGAUCCGAGUGACUGUCUUCUACAGCUUGUCAAUGAUCUUCAUUGGUCUGCUUAUACCAGCAACAAAUGCCCGGCUCUUCGGCGGUUCUGGUGUCUCAGCAUCGCCAUUCGUCAUCGCCAUCGACGAGGCCGGCAUUAUAGGUCUUCCUGACUUUCUGAAUGUGGUAAUCGUCUGUGCCGUGUCUUCUAUCGGCGCCGAGAGCCUUUUCAUCGCCUCGCGGAUGCUGCGGUCCAUGGCUGCGCAAGACCUCAUUCCUUCACGAUUCGCCACUGUGGACAACGCUGGGCGGCCACGCUGGGCUGUCUUCAACUGGCUUGUUCAGAUCGCAUCGACAGGGUAUUUCGUCGUCUGGAUCGUCAUCGCCAUCACGUCCUUCGGCUUUCGAAGAGCAUUGAAGGCUCAAAACGAUCCACUGUUCAACGAGACAUAUGCCUGGAAGUGUUCCUUAUGGCCAUUGCCACCGAUUUGGCUCCUGAUUUGUGGUGCUUUCUACACUGGAUGCUCCUUCUACCUCGCCCUUUACCCGAUAGAUAUUGAUAAGCCGAACGCCAAGUCGUUCUUCCAGUAUAUGUUCGGCCUGGUGUUGAUCCUGGUGACUGGUAUUGGCUACAAGGUAGCCUUCCGGACAAAAAUGAGAGAUCCACGCGAUGUAGAUCUCCAUACAGGGCGAAGGACAUUGCAAGCAGAAGAGAUCAAUAAGCUCGACUGGUACUACGCCCUAUCUACCUGGAGGAAGGUCGGCAAGUUUGUGCAGCUUUGGUGA